AUGUCGGAGACGCUCGGCUCACUGGUGAAGCUAUCUUUGCCCUUACAAUAUCAGCAAGAUAUAUUCCAAGAGCUAAGAUCUGAAGACGAGCUUGUCAUUCUUGCUCAGGGGCUGGGGCUCCUGAACAUUGUAACUAAUCUAUUACACGCAUAUGAUGCGGCGGGUAAUAAUUUGAUUAUCGUCGUUGGUGCGACUGAUCGUGAGAAUGAAUGGCUUGGCGAAGCAUUGGCGGAGCACUAUGCUGUCAGCAAGACUCCGAUGGCGAGGGGCCUCAAAGUUAUCAAUACCGAUAAGGCCACUGUCUCCAUGAGACAGAAGCUUUACACUCAAGGCGGUAUAUUGAGCGUAACUUCACGCAUUCUAAUUGUGGACCUGCUGUCAAAAUUACUUGAUGCGGGGACCAUUACGGGAAUGGUCAUUCUCCACGCUGAGAAGGUCAUUUCCAUUUCACAGGAAGCCUUCAUUGUCAGAGUAUACCGUCAGUUUAACAAAGCCGGGUUUUUGAAGGCCUUUUCAGAUACCCCAGAGCCUUUCACAACGGGAUUUGCUCCUCUGGCUAAUAUGCUUCGUAAUUUAUUUCUGCGGAAGACAUCAUUAUGGCCACGUUUCCAGGUUACUGUUGCCGAAUCCCUGGAGGGUCGCAAAAAGGCCGAAGUGAUUGAACUGGAAAUUCCAAUGACAGAUAAAAUGAGAGAAAUACAGAAUGCUGUGCUAGAAUGCGUUGAAGUUAGCAUAAGAGAGCUUAAAAAGGCAAAUCCAGUACUUGAUAUUGAGGAUUGGACCGUGGACAGUGCGCUGCGGAAGAAUUUUGAUAUUGUUAUUCAACGGCAGCUGGACCCAAACUGGCACCGUGUGAGUGCAAAGACCAGGCAGAUUAUCAGUGACCUAACUGUUCUGAAAAAUAUUUUACACCUCCUGCUCACCGACGAUGCGGUGUCGCUGGUGAAAUACCUCGACACUGUGGUGGCGGCUCAUUCCCCUCCUCCUGGGUAUACAAAACAAACUUACUCUCCUUGGCUCUACCUUGAAGCUGCUCACGUUCUUCUUCAAACUGCGAGAUCUCGAGUUUACCGUGGGAAACUAGAUAACCGUCCUGAGCGUAUUGGUUUCUUGCCAAGCAUACCGGAUGGCCUGGAACCGGUUCUCGAAGAACAGCCAAAAUGGUCUGUUCUUGUGGAUGUCUUAAACGAAAUUGAACGAGAUCUUUAUCUUAAUCCAACGUCGACGGGCGAUUCAAAUCGAACUAUCCUUAUUAUGUGUAGCGAUCGAAAAGCGUGCAGACAGAUCCGUGAAUAUCUACAGACCAUGCGCAUCAAGGUGCAAUCAAAAAAGAACACACAGGAAGAAAAUAUUAUUACUGUCGAAGAUAUUGACACAGAGCCAUCGGCUGAAUUUAUGAUGCGGAUGAGACUUCGAGAAUAUUUAGUCUGGAAAAGAGACUUCACAAAAGUUAGGCAGAGCCUUUAUGGUAUAAAUUCAAAACAAAAGCAGCCAAUCGCUGUCCCUGGCUACACAUCCCUGACUGUAAGUAAAAAGUCAGAGAAAGCACCACCUAAUAAAAGAAGGAGGGUACGUGGUGGCAGUUCCUCGGCCUCUACAACCGGUAGAGCCCCUAAUUCCACUGUGCAGGAAGAAUUGGAUGACACAACUCAAGUUUCUACGCUCCUCAAUAGCGCACUUGAGCCUGCCGGGCCGGAGGAAACGGAGCAGCGAGACACGGUGGUUGAUGAUUUGGAAAACAUGGAAGAAUAUUAUGAGCUUUUUGACAUGCAGGACCUAGUCAUCAUUCAUGCUUACGAUGGAGACAUGGAUGGGCACAUUCUGGAAGAAACGAAACCGAGAUAUAUAAUUAUGUAUGAGCCAGACGCGGCCUUCAUCCGUCGAGUCGAAGUGUACCGCAGCUCGCAUUCGGAUAGGAGCGUUAGGGUUUAUUUCAUGUAUUAUGGUGGCUCAGUUGAAGAGCAAAGAUAUCUUAGUGCGGUAAGGCGAGAAAAGGACGCAUUUACAAAACUUAUCAAGGAAAAAGGGUCCAUGGCAAUGAGUAUCAUGCAUGACAAGAGCCUCGAAGACCCGCAGGAGCAAUUUCUCCGCACGGUCAAUACUCGUAUUGCUGGUGGAGGCCGACUCGCUGCCACUGCUGCUCCUCCAACAGUCGUUGUCGAUGUCCGGGAAUUCAGGAGUCCCCUUGCAUCACUUCUACAUGGCCACAGCAUGGUAUUGGUGCCUUGCCAGUUAACAAUAGGCGAUUACAUACUAACUCCAGACAUCUGUGUCGAACGAAAAUCGGUGCGUGACCUGAUUAGCUCACUGAAAAACGGAAGACUAUAUAACCAAGCCGAAACCAUGCUUAAGCAUUAUAAAAACCCCGUCCUUCUGAUCGAAUUUGAUCAAAACAAAUCAUUUACGUUCGAUGCCUUUGUAUCCUCUACAGCACCAGGUGCUUUUGUUGCAGAUAACCUUACCUCCUUCUCAGCACCGUCUUUUUCGUCCGGCAAUAUAAUCAACCCAACAAAUCCAAAGUCUACGCAGCACCUUCUUGUGCUGCUUACACUCGCAUUCCCACGCCUAAAAGUGAUUUGGUCCUCCUCCCCUCACCAAACUGCAGAAAUUUUUGCCGAGUUGAAGAAAAACAGCUCCGAACCAGAUCCAAUUCGGGCAGUCCAAAUGGGUCUAGAUUUUGAUAUAUCUUCUACUGUUGGUGGAUUUCCAAAUGCCGAAUCGGGAGGCAUGAUGGCGGCAGCUGGAUUCGAGUAUCGGGUAUUCAAUCAGCUGCCUCAGGACAUGUUGGAGUCAGUACCAGGGACAACGCCUCACGGAAUUGAGAGUUUGAUGUUGGAAACGAACAACAUUCAUGAAAUUGCUAACAUGAGUAUGGAGGAACUGGCGAAUGUAGUUGGCAAACAAGAGGCCAAGAAGAUUGUCGACUUCUUUCGGCGCAGUGUAUUCGAUGAUGAGAGAGCUGAGGAACCGUAA